AUGAGUGGGCAAAUGGGCUGGCGCUACUGGCAUGAUGCCAUGGCGUCACAAAUGGGCCGGAUCUACAGGUGUGAUGCCAUGGCGUCACAAAUGGGCCGGCGCUACUGGCAUGAUGCCAUAGCGUCACAAAUGGGCCGGAUCUACAGGUGUGAUGCCAUGGCGUCACAAAUAGGCCGGCGCUACUGGCAUGAUGCCAUGGCGUCACAAAUGGGCCGGCGCUACUGGCAUGAUGCCAUGGCGUCACAAAUGGGCCGGAUCUACAGGUGUGAUGCCAUGGCGUCACAAAUGGGCCGGUUCUACCGGUGUGAUGUCAUGACGUCACAAAUGGGCCGGUUCUACCGGAGUGAAGCCAUGGCGUCACAGAAAACCAGUGUUAAUCAAUUCUUUCGUUGCUCUUCACCAAGUGAGUGA